UCUAAUUUACUUCAGACUCGGAGCAGUCCGCCGAAACCUGGAUUCUUCGCAAACUGUUCUCUGUGUGUUCUUCUGAAGCUGCUCUCCAAUGGAGGGAACCGACAAAACCACCAAAAGAAAGCUGGUGAAGAAAUCUGAAAACAAGGUCGACAAGAAACUCAAGAAGGAACUCGACGGUCCCGUUUCCCCCCUACAAUUUCAUCCACAAGACGACGGCUCCGACUCCGACUUGGAGGAUCUUCCCAAACUUCUCGAGCCCUUCUCCAAGUCCCAACUAAUCGAGUUCAUUUGCUCCACCGCUCUCAAAGACCCCAAUCUUCAAGCCCAAAUUCGAGCCGCUGCCGACCGCGAUGUCACGCACCGCAAAAUCUUCGUCCAUGGCCUCGGUUGGGACACCACGCGAGAAACCCUAACCUCGGUUUUUGAAUCUUUUGGUGAAAUUGAAGAUUGCAAUGUAGUUAUGGACAAAAACACGGGCAAGGCUAAAGGGUACGGGUUUAUUCUGUUCAAAUCCCGGCAGGGCGCGACUAAGGCGUUGAAGGAACCUAGGAAGAAGAUUAAUAACCGGAUGACUUCGUGUCAAUUGGCUUCUCUGGGUUCAGUGCCGCCGCCGCAAAGCCAAGAGGUUGGGCCGCGGAAGAUUUAUGUGGCUAACGUGCAGCAUAACGUGGAUGCUGAGAGACUUAGGGCGUUCUUUGCGAAGUUCGGAGAGUUAGAGAUGGGUCCGAUUGGGUUCGAUCAGGAAACAGGAAAAUCGAGGGGUUAUGCAAUUUUUAUUUAUAAAACGAAUGAAGGUGCGAAGAAGGUUCUUGAGGAACCAUACAAGAUGUUCGAAGGGAACAAAUUGCAUUGCCAGAGGGCGUCUGAGGGGAAGAACAAGAAUCAAAAUUCCACGCAGGCAGCGCAAAGCUUGGCGCAGACUCAGCAGCCGGUUAUGACGGCCAUGGCAGCAGCUCCUAAUUUGCAGUUGUUCGCUCAACAUCCGAGUCUUAACCCUGUCUAUGGUGGAUUUGGGAGUCCGGCUUUGGGAGCUGGAAUAUUGAACCAGGGAGUAGUUCCCAUGAGUCAAGUCGGUCUGGUUGGUAGUUCAGUCGGGGCUGGGAUAGGAUUGAGCGGUUACAGUGGCGGGUCAUAUGGCUUAAGCCAAUUAGGUGCCGGUGGUUCAUCACUUCUAGGCUCUUACGGACCCGGUGCGUCAUCAUUGAAGGGUUUGCCGCAUAUGUACACGAGCACAAUGCUUGGGAAGACAGUUUCUGACCAGGGUCAGGCGGCUGCUGGUGGGUCUCUCGGUGGAUACACGUCACAUUUGUGUUUUUCAGUUGGGAACAAGUGAUUGUGAAAUGGUAGUUCACAAGAUUGUGUAGGUCUACAGAAGCAGGUGAAGGACGCAGCCGUAAUGAGCCAACAUGGGAUAUUAUUAUAUUGGCCUCAUUCUCAUUUAAAGGAUGCGUAAGGUAUGGCCAUAAAUAUUUUGCGUUCUUUCAAAUUAACCCUCUUGAUGCUUCCAUUAAAAAUAAAUAAGUUUGAAAGCUGUUGUGGUUUAUGAAUCUGCAAAUCAUGUCAUUCUCUAAAGGAAGUGAUUGCUUGAUUUUGUAAAAUGUCUAAAUCCUAUUUUGGUUUUUAGAAUUUUUAUGUAUAAUUUGAUUUAGUCUUUGAACUUGAGAACAAAAUUAUGACUUUGGCCUUUACCAUUAUUUUUGGAUAGCAUAACUUCAAUGCGGGUAAGUAUUAUAGAGUUCAAGGAUUAGAAUUAAACUUUUUGAAAGUUCAGGGACCAAAAUGAAAUAUUUUUUAAAAAACGAAUUGGGGUGUCAUUUGAAAAAAAAAAAGAAGGAAAAGUUAGUGGGUGUAAGUCGCAGUUUUGACUUUAUCGUCUGGGCUUCAUAGUGAGUCCAAACAUCAUUCUGGGCCUCCGGCAAGCCCAACCAGUAUCAAGGGUAGAUAGAACGACAUGUCGGACGUCAUCUUCUUAUGGAAUGUAUGUAUAUACUCUUUUUUUUUUUUUUCUUUUGGGUGAUUCAUUUUUUAAAAGAAUGUUAAUAAUUGUGGCUACAUUUUCAUGUUAAUUAUUGACUUUCUGUUGAAGAUGUUAGGAUUUUCUUUAUGCUGAGAAUGAGGCUGGUGAAAGAAAGAGUUCAAGUUUUUGUUUUUGUUGUGCAUAAAUUUUUAUCUACAUGUCACCAAUUCAAUUGACAUUUUCGUA